AUGCAAAGAUUAAUGAAUGGUCACAUCGGGCCGACGGGACUCCCAUUCGCACCAUUCAAUGUGUCCGCUUCUCAACUGACUUCUAGCCAUAUCUCAAAGCCGAUCACAACGAUGUCACAGCACUCGCCACCCGUUCGCGACCACUCCAGAGCCACGUCCGGGUCGUCCAACGGGUCGGGCAAUGGCCAGACGGCGAGACGACCGAAGUGUGCCCGUUGUCGCAAUCACGGCAUGAUCUCGUGGCUAAAGGGCCACAAAAGGCACUGUCGAUUCCGUGACUGCACGUGUGCCAAAUGCAAUCUCAUCGCUGAACGCCAGCGCAUUAUGGCUGCACAGGUCGCGCUUAAGAGACAACAGGCGGCUGAAGACGCCAUUGCGAUGGGUUUGCGAGCGGUGGCCACCGGCGCUCCCGUCAACACUUAUUUACCUCCCGGUCCUAUAUUUGGGAUUCAAGUGACAGAACCCUUAACUGAACUAAAGAAUCGUUUGGAUAAUUCAAUGAAGAAUAACGACAACACAAAUAAUAGCGAAUCCGAUGAUUACGACCAAAACGACAGCGAAAGUGCCAUUGAAGACAACGCGAGCACUGAUAACACAAACUCAAGACUCAAUAACAUCGAGAUUACAGUGAAAAGCCAUUCAUCACAGCAUCAGUCCUGUGAGGAUAUGAAGUCAGAAGAGAAGACACAAAUGACACCAAUUCCUAACCUUUUGCCUCCGCAGUCCCUCUCUGACACACCAUUAGAGCAAACAGUCCUCAUGUCUAGAAGUCCUGUCACCGACUCUAUGAGUCCGCACAACAACUCUGAUCCCAAACUCAGCCAACAGUCCAAAGCCAUCAAAAUCAAUGCAAACAAAUUCAUGAUCCGUAGACACCCCUCAUUGAUCCCAUCGCCGCCGCCUCCGUCACAGACCUCUGGCCUCUCGCACCCAGAGUUGGGUAAUCUUAUUCCCGCAGACUUCAGGCCCGGACGGCUCAGCCCUCUGGACGUUAUCUCACGUAUAUUUCCUCAUCAAAAGCGUUCAGUACUUGAUUUAGUACUUCAGGGCUGUAAUGGAGAUGUAGUCAAAGCCAUCGAACACUUCCUCUCGAUAAACGAUGCAAUGAUUUUGCAUUCAAAUCACACCAAUAGUGGACACAAUUACUCCUCAUUCAGUGAAGCACAUCAACGGAGGCGAGAAAUUGAAGCCAAUAUGAGUCCCAUAUUGGGCUCUAUUAAGUCAGCGUUCACUCCAUUGAGUUCAGGCAUCAGUUUAUCGACUUCUAACUCACUGUUCGGCUCCACACGAAACCCACCGUUAGGACCGCCGCCUCCGCCCAUAUUUCCAAACAUGUUUUCGUCGUCGGGCGCCGCCUAUCACCGGGACUUCGGUGGCUCGCCAUCGAUCGCCCCCUACCCUAACGCGGCUGCGAUUCACUAUUUAUUUCAUCCAAACAACGCGUUUACGGGCGCGUCGACGGGCGGCGGCUCUGUCUGUCCGUCGGGUUGCAGUCAAUGCAGUAAUUCAAUGACAACUGCAGCGGCCGUUAUGUUGCAAAACGGAGGCCCCGAUAGCCCUAACUCUGUGUCCGCCUUCAAAGAGGUUCGCGGAAACGCCGCACACGAGACGGCAGUGGAUCUGUCGACUGAAGCCAGUUCUUGGAGAAGCAGCCCUUCCAGCAGAGGAAGCAAAUGCACCGAUUAA